AUGAACAGUAGUGAUGAAGUUACUGAAUAUCUAAAGAUUGAAGAAAUUAGCUUUUCUGAGUGUUCUUUGAUUGUAAAAGCAGUUGAUCAAGGGCAAAUAUCAAGAGAUUCUUAUCGAGAAUUAGCUGCUGUAGAACACUAUUUACCACUUGAUAUAAAAGAAAAGAAUGAACUAGAAGACAUUAUAGAAUCUGAAGAAUCAGAUAUUAUAAAUUUUGAAAUAAUACAAGAAGUUGUUAAUACAAUUGGAUUAGGCAUUCAUCAUCUAAUUAUUCAUUUGUGUGUUUCUGGUGAUGGGCGAAAUGUAGGAAAAAAAAUCAAAUAUGUUAUGAUAACAUUUAUGAUUUUAAAUCAUGAAAGUCGACAACACCAUGCAGAUUAUUAUUAUACUGUAGCAUUAUAUCCAGGAACUGAAAAUUAUAGUACACUUAAAUUUAUGUUGAAUUCUUUUUGUAAUGAAUUACGAUCACUUAAGGAGUUUGGAUUAAAAAUAUCUAAAAUAUUAUGGAAAUUUGAACUAUACUUUAGUUCAGACUGGAAAUUUUUAGCUAUUUGUCUUGAAUUAAAUAGUGCAAAUUCCAAAUAUUUUUGUCCUUG